AAUGGAACAACUUAACUCCUUCACCUCUAAUGCCUCCUUCUGGGGUCUGGCUCCUGGCGUGGCCUUGUCUCUGUACUGCCUGCUCGGUAUUCCUGGUAACAUUGCAGUUAUAGUCAUCCUCCGUCGGAACCAUGAUCUAUCCAGCUUGAGCAGGAGGCUGAUGUUGAACUUGGCUGCAUCGGACCUACUCUGCAUCCUUACCCUACCUUUGCGUAUCUACAACCUAUUCUUCACCUGGAGCCUGGGUCUAGUGCUCUGUCAGCUCAACAUGUACUUUUUCUACUGCAGUAUCUGUACCGGUCUGCUGACUGUCACACUUCUGAGCCUCCAGCGCUACCUCCAGGUAGUGCAUUCUCACAGCUGGGCCAGACCGGGAGUGGCAAAGGAGAGGGUGCUACUGGUUGUCCUGUGGGGGGUAGCUGGGGUCCUGUCCAUUCCUUAUGGGGUGACGGUGCGGGAUGUGAAGGAUGAUAGUGGAUGGGUCCGGUGCCAGUACGAUUUUGCAUCAGACGCUGAGCUGGUGGCUGUGUUGCUCCUGCAGACUCUCCUGGCAUUUGUAGUUCCUUUCUUCAUCAUGUCCACAGCCUAUAUCCGCCUCCAGCGAAGGGUGAACCAAACAGCUUUCUUCAGUAGCACCAGGACGACCAGAUUAGUGAGCCUUAUCGUUGGGACCUUCAUCGUUCUAUGGACUCCUCACCAUGUCAUGAAUGUGCUGGGAGUGACGGCCAUCUUGGCAAAGAAUAAGGCUCUGAGAGUGUUCUGGGAGAGCAAUUGGAAGAUUGCUGGAUCUCUGGUCUUCAUCAACAGCAGCUUGGAUCCAUUCCUCUAUGCCUUUGCCUCCAGAAACACCCAGAGAGCACAGAGCAGUGACAGUCAGGUGGUGACCACGAGUAGUCACAAUCUGUAAGAUUUCAAGUCACUCAUUGGUAAUUUCAACUAUUGAAAUAUUCCGCUUGAUACAGGCAAAUAUGACAUAUAAAUACCGUAUUUAGAUUAGCACAACUGUCCUAACUUAUAAUAACCACCCCAAAAA